AUGAAUGUGUUUAAAAAGCGUCCGAGUCCUUCUCCUGCACUCUUUCAGAGGUCUAUGUCAGAGCAGGAUGGUGACUCUGCAAAUGUAGGAGCUAGCUUGAAGGACUAUCACUGGUACUACCAUGUCAGAAGCAAGAGGAUGUGCGAAGGAGCAGGUUCAGAUUUAGGAAAGCUGCUUGGAGCUUACCGAUGGCAGACUCAUCCCCGACUUCGCUGGAUGGUGACCAAAAGAACAGAUGCAUCCAAGACUACUGAACAGCCUUUGAGGGCACACACUUUAAUUGCUGAUAGCCACCAGGAAUAUCCAGAAGUGAAGGUUGCCAUGCCAGCGACUCGGCCAUUUCGGGUUCCAUUUUACAGGUCUAUAUCAGAACCUGCACCACACUGGAGAGAGAGAAGUCCAAAGCCACCUCCGCAGCCAGAAUGUGGUGAUCAUGACAGUAAUUUUACCCGUGGCUUCUUCUCUACAAUCUCCAGCAGCUUUUCUAAGGCACUGAACCGGAAAGGGGAACAGAAUGCAAUGGUGACAAAUGCGGGAAUGGAGAAUGAUCAGAUGGACUUGACUGCAGAUGUGAAAGGACCUCCAACCCACAGGCUCUCUUGUGGCCAGUCUCCUGAUUCAGAAGCUAUAGUAUGGGAGACCAAAUACUCUAUUUUGACUGACAGCCAGCUAGUGCUGCUCAACAGGGAGAAAGAGAUGGCGGUCGAAGGAGGACAGGAGCAGGCAGCAGAGCCUACCAAAGGGCGUUGUCUGCGUCGUACUGUGAGUGUUCCUUCGGAGGGUCAAUUUCCCGACUAUCCGCCAGAGGGGGCUACUAAGCUUGAGGUCCCAGCAGAGAGGUCUCCUCGAAGACGGAGUAUCUCAGGGACAAGCACAUCAGACAAAACCAACUCCAUGGAUGCAUCAAACACAUCUCCAUUCAAAGUACCGGGCUUCUUCAGUAAACGGCUUAAAGGUUCAAUCAAAAGAACAAAGAGCCAAUCAAAAUUGGACAGGAACACCAGCUUCCGUCUUCCAUCUCUUCGGCCUGCUGAUGACAGGUCCCGUGGCUUACCAAAGCUGAAAGAGUCUCGUUCUCAUGAAUCCUUGCUGAGUCCAGGCAGUGCGGUGGAGACGCUAGAUCUUGGGACAGAAGAAAGAGUCUUUGUCAAGCCACUUCAUAGUAGUAUACUUGGUCAAGAUUUCUGCUUUGAGGUAACCUACUCUAGUGGCAGUAAAUGCUUCAGCUGUUCUUCUGCUGCCGAAAGAGACAAGUGGAUGGAAAACCUGCGUAGGGCAAUCCAGCCUAACAAGGAUAACUGCCGGCGAGCCGAGAAUGUAUUGCGUCUUUGGAUCAUUGAAGCCAAAGACUUGGCCCCCAAGAAGAAAUACUUCUGUGAAUUGUGCCUGGACGAUACUUUAUUUGCCCGCACCACAAGUAAAACAAAAGCUGACAAUAUUUUCUGGGGUGAGCACUUUGAGUUCUCUGGCCUUCCACCCAUCCACAGUAUCACUGUCCACAUCUACAAGGACCUUGAAAAGAAAAAGAAAAAAGACAAGAAUAACUAUGUUGGACUGGUCAACAUUCCCGUAGCCAGUGUGACUGGGCGACAGUUUGUGGAGAAGUGGUACCCGAUCAGCACUCCUACCCCUAAUAAAGGGAAGGCUGGAGGGCCAUCCAUUCGGAUCAAAUCCCGAUACCAGACCAUCACCAUCCUCCCUAUGGAGCAAUACAAAGAGUUUGCUGAAUUUAUUACCAACAAUUACACUGUGUUGUGCUCUGUCCUGGAGCCAGUAAUCAGUGUCAGGAACAAAGAGGAGAUGGCCUGUGCUUUGGUGCACAUUCUUCAGAGCACUGGCAGAGCAAAGGAUUUCUUGACCGAUCUAGUGAUGUCUGAGGUUGAUCGCUGUGGGGAGCAUGAUGUGUUGAUCUUCAGGGAGAAUACACUAGCUACCAAAGCCAUUGAGGAAUACCUCAAGCUGGUGGGACAGAAAUAUUUACAAGAUGCACUUGGUGAAUUUAUCAAGGCACUCUACGAGUCAGAUGAGAACUGUGAAGUUGAUCCCAGCAAAAGUUCACUUAGCGAACUGGCCGAUCACCAGGCCAAUCUCAAAAUGUGUUGCGAGCUGGCCUUUUGCAAGAUCAUCAACUCCUACUGUGUCUUUCCUCGGGAGCUGAAAGAGGUAUUUGCCUCAUGGAAGCAGCAGUGCCUCAACAGGGGGAAGCAAGAUAUCAGCGAACGUCUGAUCAGUGCCUCGCUUUUUCUCCGUUUCCUCUGUCCAGCCAUCAUGUCUCCAAGUCUCUUCAACCUCAUGCAAGAAUACCCUGAUGACCGUACCUCUCGAACUUUGACACUAAUUGCAAAGGUUAUCCAGAACCUGGCAAACUUCACAAGAUUUGGGAACAAAGAAGAAUACAUUACAUUUAUGAAUGACUUUCUAGAGCACGAAUGGGGAGGCAUGAAACGUUUUUUGGUAGAAAUUUCCAAUGCGGACACAAUCUCCAAUACGCCAGGAUUUGAAGGCUACAUAGAUCUGGGAAGGGAGAUUGCUGUCUUGCAUUCUUUGCUGUGGGAAGUUGUAUGUCAGCUGGACAAGGGUGAAAAUUCCUUCCUACAGGCAACAGUAGAAAAACUGGGACCCUUGCCACGCAUCCUCACCGACAUCGCGAAGGCUACAACAAACCCUACACCAGUUCAACAGCAGUUGAGACGUCUGGCAGAUCACAAUUCAAGUCCCAACGUCAGCCUCUUGUCAGGGCUGCAAAAAAUAUUUGAGGACCCUGCUGACAGUGAGUUGAAGUUGAAGUCUCCGCCCCAAGAAAGUGAGGGUUAUUUCAAAGGCAAGUUGCUGUUGAUCCAGCAGGCAUCAUCACGGAGUGUGACUUAUUCAGACAAGGAUGAUGAGACGAACCUGCCCAAUGUCCGAAGCAUAUCACUGAUGGAUCUUCAGGAUCCUAAUGCCACACAGUGUGAUCCCGGAUCCAUGAUGCGUGAUGCUCCUGUACGUUUAUCUGGUAGCCAGCUUUCAGUCAUCCAAGUGGCAAACAUCAAGCAGCUUCACAAUACUCCACAGAGUGCUCCCCAAGUUAGGCGCCCUCUGCACUCAGCAGUAAACCAGCAGGGCAGUUUGCAGCCCCUUUCCUUCCAGAAUCCUGUUUACCAUCUUAACAACCCUCCUCAGCCAUUGCCAAAAGUGUCCAUGGACUCCAGCUUGGAGAAUCUGAGUGUCACCAGUUCCCGAAGCCAGAACAGUGAGGACCUUAAACUCAGUGGACCAAGCAAUAGCAGCAUGGAGGACUUUACCAAACGCAGCACACAAAGUGAAGACUUUUCCCGUAGGGGCACAGUGCUGGACAAACACAUGCCCAUCGCUUUACCUCGCCAGAAUAGUACUGGGCAAACCCAAAUCCGCAAAAUGGACCAAGCAGGGCUGGGUGCGAGGGUGAAAGCACCCCAGUCCCUUCCUCAUAGUGCUUCUCUUCGAAGCACGGGGAGCAUGUCUGUAGCUUCUGCCACAAUGGCAGCAGAGCCCCUUCAGAAUGGGAAUCGGUCCAGGCAGCAGUCAUCCUCCUCCCGGGAAAGCCCAGUUCCCAAAGUACGGGCCAUCCAGCGGCAGCAAACCCAGCAGAUUCAGUCACCGGUGGACUCCGCCACAAUGUCACCUGUGGAAAGGACUGCUGCCUGGGUCCUAAACAAUGGACAGUAUGAAGAAGAGGAGGAAGAUGCUGAACAGAACCAAGAUGAACCCAAGCACGCAGAAAAGUAUGAGCAGGAGAUAACAAAACUCAAAGAUCGUCUGAAGGUAUCAAGUCGUCGGCUGGAAGAGUAUGAGCAGCGUCUCCUGGUGCAGGAGCAGCAAAUGCAAAAACUCUUGAUGGAGUACAAGGCAAGGCUGGAAGACAGUGAGGAGCGUCUGCGAAGGCAGCAGGAAGAGAAAGAUAGCCAGAUGAAGAGCAUCAUCAGCAGGUUAAUGGCUGUGGAAGAGGAACUGAAGAAGGACCAUGCAGAGAUGCAGGCAGUCAUUGACACUAAGCAGAAAAUAAUUGAUGCACAGGAAAAACGGAUCCUUUCUCUGGAUUCAGCCAACACACGGUUGAUGAGCGCCCUAACGCAAGUGAAGGAACACUACAGCAUGCAGGCCCGGAACGGCAUCUCCCCUACCAACCCCACCAAGCUUUCCAUCACGGAGAACGGUGAAUUUAAAAACAGCAGCUGCUAACACCAACUUCUCCCACCAACAACAUUUCCAGCUCCUCAUUUCUCCCACCAAACUCCCUCAUGCAACUUCAAAGCAGGAUGCUUCAGGAAAAAGAGGAGGACUUGGUUUCAGGAGCUGGGCCUCCCAUGAAAUUUUAGAUGUGGGCAUCUCCCAGUCAGCUGCUACCACCAAGCAGCCAUGUGAGCAUAGGCACAUGUGGACAUACACAUGAAUGUGUAGCCUCCUUUUAAAAGUUGCAACUGAUAGUGGGGACCACCCUCCCAAGGUUUACGUUGCUGGCAUCCAAGACCCCAUCUCAAGUGCAUGGAGCAUGGCUUGGCUUGGUGUCAUCUAGGGCUGGAAGGGCAUCCACCAUUUCCUGUCCAGCUGAACAGAGGUGACAGGGGAUGCUAAAUGUUGAGUGGUGGAGCAGGUUGCUAGGAAGAGAGAGGUAAAUGAAAUGCUCCAAAUAAAUCAACAAAGAUGCUUGGGGGGAUAGCCCUCUCCAUAUCUUUGGUGGUAACAUUCAGCAUGGCCGCACCAUGACUGUAUCCAUUCAUGAGUAUGCAGUAGUAGAACGUUUUGGGACCGCCACCUUUGCAAAUGCUGAGGGCUACCAUUCUAGCAUCUUUAUUGUCCAGACUUUCUGGGAUCCUCUGGGCUUUAACAUGGGAUACUCUGUGAAUGUUUGAGGGAAUGUAUGUUUUCCCUUACCCUGCCCUGAGAAUUCUGAUCAAGCAAGGGAUAGUGUGCAUAUAAAUUCCUGGCACCUUUCUUAAGAGACGUCCCAAGGCAUUCACUCAACUGUUUGCAUAUUAGUAAAGACAAUUCCUUCCCCUUCAGCACUACCAAAAAAUAAUAAUAAUAAAUUCAAAACUGUUUUUAUUUAUUGUUUUUUACUUUUGCAGAAUUUUUAAUUUUUUAGUGAUAUACAGUAAUAUGUAAAUUGCAACCCCCAAAUGAACAAAUCUUUCUGUUAUCCUAGUUUAUUAAUAAUCUGCACUAUAGCAGUAUUUGUGAUUAUACCCUUUCUUCAGGUUUGUUUUCGUUCCAAAAAAAUUAUGAAGAGCCACCAGUUUCCUACAACUAUAUGUUCACAGUAAACUUGCACAGCUUACACAUUAAUGAACUUUUCUACAUCAUUCCUCGGGUAGUGUUACUUCUUCUUGCGCUUCCCAUUCUUUUUAACAAUUAUAAUCUUCAUUGUUGUUAAGAAGUUUUCUACUGAUUCUUUGUGUUUCUUUUCAACACAUUUUCUUGCCUCAUUAGAGAGCCAGAUUGGAUUUUUCAAUGGCAAAGCCAACUCACCCUGAAAUGGGUGCAAGUAAAGUUGUGCUUAGAAACCGCUAGAAUGAUAACUUGGAUUUAGAGCACUCCCUCUCCCCGCCUCCACUUCAGCUAAGUAAUCUGAAUUAUUUUACCCACUUCAAAAUGUGAUAAGCCAGUCCUUGCUAUAUUUGGGGCACCCAAUGGCUCAUUCUGGUGAGGUGUAUCCUGGACCUGUGCCUUCAGUGAGCCUGGAUUGAGAAAGGGCACAUUGGAAACAGAAGCAGUACCAGGGCUGAAUCCUGCUCACUGCUUUUCUCCUGCAACUCCUGCCCCCAUCAAAUUAGUCCUGCUGCAGUUUGGAUAGGUAUUUGCUUUAUUGCACAAGAAUGGCAGGGAAAGGGGUUGGAGUAAAGUCAUGUCAGGAAAAGCAUUAAAACAUCCCACAUUUUUUCUGCAGAAUGUCCCCAUUCCAUCUCUUGUAGCUGAUCAUGGGAGACCUAGAUAUGGGUCUGCUACUGCAUAUCUAAUUUGACCUGAAGAGAACUGGUGAUAGAAACAAAAGAGGAAAAACUGAGAGGUGAUACCCUAAACCCAAACAAACAAGUGUGUAAACAAAAAGUCUAGGGGGAAAGAAAAUAGAAAACACAGUAAUUUUAUUAAAACAGUAUGUUGCAAUGGGAAGCAAAAAGAAUAAAGAGAAUA